AAAGUGAAAAUGAGGCGCAACCCUGCAGGUGGGUUUGAAAAGAAGAUUCGGUUUUGUUGACGCCUCGCUCGGAUAUGGCACAUUUGUGGAUGCACUAAAGAGAGAUUUCUGAGCAACGCGCAGCUGAGGAACCCGCGGAAACUUGGUACAGGAGACGGAGUCUCCUUACGCGUCGUGCGCCGCCGCAGCACCAGCCGCCGCCGCCGCGCAGCGCCAUGGUGAGCUCCAUCAUACUGGUGCUCAGCUGGAGUGUGAUGUCCGAGGUGGUCCGGGCUCAGAACGACACGGAGCCCAUCGUGCUGGAAGGGAAAUGCCUCGUGGUUUGCGACUCCAACCCCACCACGGAUUUGAAGGCUUCGACCUCUCCGCUCGGCAUCUCCGUGCGCGCCGCCAACUCCAAGGUGGCUUUCUCUGCGGUUCGCAGCAACAACCACGAGCCGUCCGAGAUGAGCAACAAAACCAGAAUCAUCUACUUCGAUCAGGUUCUCGUGAAUGUUGGAAACUACUUCACAUUUGAAUCAGUGUUUUUGUCUCCCAGAAAAGGAAUCUACAGUUUUAAUUUCCACGUCAUUAAAGUGUACCAGAGCCAAACCAUACAGGUGAACUUGAUGUUGAACGGGAAACCGGUCAUCUCUGCCUUUGCGGGUGACAAAGACGUUACACGUGAGGCGGCCACCAAUGGAGUUCUGCUUUAUCUGGAAAAAGAGGACAAAGUCUAUCUAAAGCUGGAGAAGGGAAACCUGGUUGGUGGAUGGCAGUACUCUACAUUUUCUGGCUUUCUUGUGUUCCCUCUGUAAAAAAAAAAAAAAAAAAAAAAAAAAAGCAACAACAAAGAAAAAAAGAAGUUGUAAGCUUACUGACUUUUCCGUAAUGUGUUGUGGCUGUAUAUUUGGAACAGAUGGAUUAAAAAAAACAAAACAGACAUGGACCAACAAACG